AUGUCCAUGAGGAGCCCCGUUUCUCCCCACCUGGAGCUCGAUGGAGCGGGCAGCAUGGUGAACUGCACCAUCAAGACGGAGGAGAAGAAGGAGGGAGGCUGCGAGUCCCCACCGGGGGCUGCCCCCAGCACCGAGUCCGGGGCCACCGGGCCACCAGGACCACCGCCGAGGGAGGCCACCGACCCCCAGGCCCUCGCGCACGAGUCCCGCUCGCCUGCCGGCGAUGCGCUGGAGCCCCGGUGCUCUGCCUUCGAGCCGGCCGGCGGAACCCAGGAGAGCCUGGCAGAGAAGGAGCUCCAGUUACUCGUGAUGAUCAACCAGCUGUCCACGCUGCGGGACCAGCUCCUGACGGCCCACUCGGAGCAGAAGAACAUGGCCGCGAUGCUCUUCGAGAAGCAGCAGCAGCAGAUGGAGCUGGCGCGGCAGCAGCAAGAGCAGGAGACCUCGCAGCCGCUGAACCUGACGGCCAAACCCAAAGGUUCCGACCUCCCCAGUGCCUCCAGCUCACCCAGUUUGAAGAUGAGCGGCUGCCAGUCCCUCACACCGAGUCACGGGGCCACCAGGGACCUGCAGACCAGCCCGUCCAACCUGCCUCUGGGGUUCCUGGGCGAAGGCGACGCCAUCACCAAAGCCAUCCAGGACGCGCGGCAGCUGCUGCAUGGCCACAGCGGAGCCAUGGAGGGAUCGCUCAGCAACCCCUACCGCAAGGACCACGUCGGGAUUGAUUCUUCCCCAGUGAAGGAGCGGGUGGAGGAGACCCCUGCCCACCGGCUGGACGAGGCUCUGUUGACCUGUGAGAUGGACGGCUCACGGCACUUCCCCGAGUCCCGGAACAACAACCACAUCAAGCGGCCCAUGAACGCCUUCAUGGUGUGGGCGAAGGACGAGAGGAGGAAGAUUUUGCAGGCCUUCCCGGACAUGCACAACUCCAGCAUCAGCAAGAUCCUGGCCUGGCCCCCAGCCCCUCUCCCAGCCCAGCCCAGCAGCCUUUGUGCUGUGCCCUUCGUUGCCCUCCUGCCCGGCGUGCUGGUGGUGAUGACAAUGAAGGUCAGCCAGCGGGGGAAUGCGAGUCACACGCUGGCACAGCCUAUUUUAGCUGCAGCACCUGCUUGA